GGAUUCAAGCAGGAGUACCACGACCCCCUCUACGAACACGGGGGCCCUGGCCUGUCCGGGCCCCCCGGCCACGGCUUCCAGCCCCCCAUGGGCAUCAAGCAGGAGCCCCGGGACUACUGCAUCGACUCAGAAGUGCCUAACUGCCAGUCCUCAUACCUGCGGGGGGGCGUCUUCCCCAGCAGCCAUGAUGGAUUUUCAUAUGAAAAGGACACACGAUUGUAUUUUGAUGACACGUGCGUGGUACCAGAGAGGCUGGAGGGUAAAGUGAAGCAGGAGCCCACCCUGUACCGGGAGGGCCCUCCCUAUCAGCGGCGUGGCUCCCUGCAGCUCUGGCAGUUCCUGGUCACCCUCCUGGACGACCCUGCCAACGCCCACUUCAUCGCCUGGACGGGCCGGGGCAUGGAGUUCAAGCUGAUUGAGCCUGAGGAGGUAGGGGGAGCACGGCGCUGGGGCAUCCAGAAGAACCGGCCGGCCAUGAACUACGACAAGCUCAGCCGCUCCCUGCGCUACUACUACGAGAAGGGCAUCAUGCAGAAG